AUGCGACAAGGCAUUUCAAGACCUAAAGAACUAUAUGAGCAGAGCAUCAUUGUUGUCGAAGCCGUUCCCAGGAGAGGUUCUAUUUCUCUAUCUCUCAGUAUCCAGUACUGCCGUCAAUUCAGUAUUAAUACGCAGACCAGAGAAGGCAGAGCUACCAAUAUUUUAUGUCAGCAAAGCACUGCAGAGAGCAGAGCUUCGGUAUCCCCCCUUGGAGCAGCUAGCACUAGCCCUUGUUGUCUCAACUCGAAGGCUCCGCCCAUACUUCCAGGCGCACGAGAUCACGAUUUUGACCAAUCAACCGCUUCGACAGUUCAAGCCGAGAAGGGUCAGGCUGUCGCGGACUUCAUUUCUGAACUCACACCUCCGGCACCAUCGGCACAAUCCCUUCCGAACGUUGAAACCGUGGAACCAGAAAGGUUGAAUGCCAAACGAUUUGAUCCUUCCAUUCCUGUAUGGAUCCUGCACGUCGACGGCUCGGCAAAUCAACAAGGGUGUGGUGCUAGUCUGGUAUUGACUACUCCAGAUGGAACAAAGGUCGAAUAUGCCCUCCGAUUCAACUUCAGAACCUCUAACAACGAGGCAAAGUAUGAGGCUCUCUUGGCCGGCCUUCGGCUAGCCAAAAGCAUGAGCGCAAUACAAAUCGUUAUUCACAGUGACUCCCAACUAAUAGUGAAUCAAAUAACGGCAGACUACGCAGCGAAGGAUGCCUCCAUGUCCGCCUAUCUAUCGGCACCCCACCAACUCUUAAAGAAUCACGCCGAUGCACUCUCAUGUUUGGCGUCGGCAAUAAACGAUAAGAUCGGAAGGAAGGUGCCGGUGGUGAUACUAUCCCAGCCAAGCACGGCAACUGCUGAAGUAUGUAUCGUACGGUACGAGGGCACAUGGAUGUCUCCAAUUUAUGCUUUCUUGGCAAGCGGAAUUCUGCCCAUCGACAAGUCCCAAGCACGGAAGCUAUGUUACCGAUCGGCAAGAUACAUAGCGGAGUCUGCGGUGACCAUUCAACGAUAUUCUGUACAAACGAGGCUAUACCACGCCGUAUCUGAAGUGCCUCACCAAGGAGUAGGGGAACUACGCCCUUCGGGAAAUCUAUAG